CGGUGGUAUCGGGAUACACCCUCAGACAAAUACAAACAGAAAUCCACUUGUACUUUCUUAAACUAGCAAUGAAGAGGUGGUUAGAGAUACAGACUUGUAAGAUAGUACGUGAGCUUUGGCCUGACUAUAGCAGGGAAAGAAGAGCAGAGCUGCCAAGUAGGUGAAGGGUAGAAGUACUUAGGAUUGUAGCGAGUAUCAGCGGUCACUGACUGCUAGGAAAACAUGCUUAUAGAAUAGGACUUCCCUACAACGAAAUGUGCUGCAACUACCUGCUAGAAGGUAGCGAGGGAACAGGAUUUGAUUUCAUGUGCGAAAUAUAUAAUGAAGCAGUUAACAGAUUUAUCUAGUGCUACUAUAAGCGAUAUGUACAAAUUCAUAAGCUGUUCAAAAUGGUUUGGCGAGUGCGCAAGAAAGGAAUCUCUUGAUAGGAUAAUGGGAAGCGCAUCAAAUAAUGCAUUCCCUAAGUACUGAAAUUGCCCUGUUGAUGUUCAAAAAGGCUAAGAGGUUACCCUAAACUAUUGUUCUGUGUAUCGUCCUACCUGUGUCAAAUAAAGCCAAUAGCGAGAGGCUCUAAAAAUUAACAUUACUAACAACAGUUCCAUAUAAUCACAUCGACAAUUUUAUACAGUGCAUAAUAUAUAUUUGUAUUUCUACUCCUUCAGCUCUACGCUGAGUCGUCACAAAGUAUUACCCGCCAAAGUUUUGCACGCAUUCUGAGACACACGGGAAAAAUGACGCCCGAAAAGUGUGAUGCAUUGUUUUUUGCAAUCGAUCAUACGAAUAAAGGCUGCAUUGCGUUCGAGGACUUUGAGCGCUACACCAAGGAUCAUCCACAGUACAAGUUCCUUUACAAGAAACAGGAGCAUCUACGAAGAACGCAAGCAGCUGGCAAUGUAAAGAAAACGAAUUAAAAUCAAGGACAAAACAAUUUAUGCGACCUUGAGGGUGUAUGUGUGCGUGUGUAUGACAGAGUUGACAUGAUUUUUGAGCGCGAAAAAUGCAUUUCAUAAGGGUAAUGGAUUUUUGAAUUACAAAAUCCGAUGUAUUUACAAAAACCAAACAUUAAUUGUAUUUAUUUCAUUUCGAUUGUAUAAGA